CAAACUGCAACAAGAAGAGAAACGCACAGUGGCAGCGUGCGUUGUUGAUUGUUGUUACAACAUUGAUAUCGUAAAAUAUAUUCUCCGGUCGCCAAAUAGUUUGCACAAUCGCCGGUAAUGUUACAAAGUUAAUAAUUUCGCGUAACAAUUACAUAUAGCUUUUAAUAAUCGUAAAAUUUGAUCCCGCAUUUAUGAGGGGUAAAUUUUCUUCAACAAUCCGCUUUUCUUCAACAAUCUGCUAAUAUUUUCUUUUGUGCACGAUAAAGAUGAUUGCUACAAUACUUAUCAUUUUCUUUACACAAUACAUGCAUCUAUUUGCCAUGCCCAAUCCGGAACCAAAUCCAGGCGCUUGUGUCCUCAGUGUUAACGCGGUAUCAAUGAUUCUAUACACCAGAGAUAUUCCUGAUGGCAAAAAUAUCGGAAUACAAGAAUGCUGCGAAAAUCUCAAUUCGUCGCAACCGAUUGUCUUCCUGGUCCACGGUUUCAUCAGUACCGCAAACCUAACUAGGUUUCAAGAAUUGGCUUCGCGAAUGAUAGAGACAGGACGUGUAGUAUUUGCAUUAGAUUGGUCUCAAGCGGCUUGUUAUAACAAACUUCCUACCUUCACUAGGUAUGCCAGUGCAGUGAAGAAUACUCGUGCCAUAGGCUCUCACAUGGCAAAGUACAUUUUCGAUCCUCCUAUCGUCGUUUGUUCGCACAGCAGAUCCAUCGAUUAUGUAAUUGAUGUGCUGGAUGAUGAUUGUGGAUUCCCUGCUGUUCCUAUAAAACGCAAAUUACACUUUUGGGAAAGUGCUCCCUCUUAUCCUACAUCUGACACAGAGGAUUGUAUUAUCAUAAAUAGUAAGAUAUUAAACAGUAAUAACUCUUUAACAGGGCACUAUUAUGGAUUUGUCAAAGGAAAGGAUCCUCACUGUGUUAUGAACUCACAACAAGUUUUUAAAUGUCAGCAGCAAUAAUAGUAAGCCAUUAAAUUUGACACAGCAAUUUAUAGAAAUUCAAUUUUACAAAUAAUAAUUAAUUACAAAUAACAAUAAAUAUGUAAAUUGAUUAAAUCGUUUGAGAAAAAUCUAUCUAUCUAUUUAUCGUGUGUUUUGCCAAUGACAAUGCAUUACAUUGAAUAUCUUGGCAAGCAUCAAUGGCAGCAAAAGCGAAGUAUAAAAUUAUAAUAGUCGUUUGCUGAUAUUUGAUAUUGUUAUAAAUCGAAUAUCGCCAAAUGAUUUAUUUAACAGCUUUUGCAUUGCAGAAUUAAAUUCUGCUGUUUUAAUACACAAUAUGUUUAUUUAUUAAAAAUAUAUAUAAAUGCGAAAUAG